UCGGCUUGCCGGAAGUGACCUAUGGCGGGCGCCGCGGGGCGAGCGUGGCCGUGCGGGGUCUGCCGCGCGGCUGGGGCCAAGUACCGCUGUCCGCGCUGCGCAGCCGCGUACUGUUCCGUGCCGUGCUGCAGGACCCACAAGGAGAGAUGCACGCCGGAGCCAAAGAGGGAGCAGGAGCGAGCGGCGGCAGGACAGUGCGAGCCGAACCGCGCCGGGCAUCUCGCAGGUAGGUGGAACGGGUGGGCGGUGAGGGCGAGAGAAUCCCUAGGCCCCUGUGUAGCUCUGCUGUUCUCGCCCACAGGCAGCCCCUGGUCGGUGGAGGACAUCCUGACAGAAGAUGAUGAGCAGGACCGCGUCCCGCAGCAGAAACUUAAGCUCUUAGGGGAAUCAGAAGAACUGCAAGGCUUGCUUCUGAAUCCACACCUCAGGCAGCUACUGCUGACACUUGAUCAAGCAGAAGAUAAAAGCUCCCUUAUGAAGAAGCAUAUGCAGGAGCCAUUAUUUGUGGAGUUUGCAGACUGCUGUUUGAGAAUUGUUGAGCCUCUGGAGAAGGAGAACAUUCUUCCUGAGUGAACUACUUCGAAAACAUUUUUCUUUCCUUAAGAUUUUUCCCUUCAACAGAAGAGAUUUGGCAGCCCCCCCUGCUGCUGUCCUGCACCAUUCAUUAUGUUUCCUCAAGAUUUUAGUCUUGGAUGGCAGUGUUCUAGUUCUCAGUUUAGAGCUCAUACACAGUGACAUUGUUUUGUGACAGAUUUCUGCAUCCUGGGAAUUAAAUUUGAUGUUCUGUUCAC